AAAAUACUUCAGGGGAAACUCCCUAAAAUUGUGGCAGCAAGAUGUCGGAAAACGAGGACGUGGAGGCGGCACCAGAGGAUUCCAAGGAAGUCGUUCUGGAGUCCGGCAAAGAUGAGCCUGAAACGAAACCGCUGCAAAUGUCGUUUGCAGAUUGGAAAAAAUGCAAGGAUGCAUUGAAACCGGAUACCAAAAGCGGACUACAGCGGAGCAACAAUAACAAUAGUAACAACAAUAACGGCAACGGACGUAAACAUUGGUCUUCUAAUAGCAACAAUGCCUUCCAUGGAGGCGGAGGUCCGCAAACAUACCAGGACAGGAACUAUCCUCCAAUGAAUCGACCGCCUCCACUUCCGAUGCAGCUGAUGAACAUGGGCUUUGGGGGCAAUUUUGGGCCUGGUCCCGGACAAUGCGGUCCACCCAUGGGGCCAAUGGGACCAGGAGGACCUUGCGGCCCCAUGAGCAAUAUGGGCCCCGGUGGUCCCAUGGGCAAUAUGGGUCCCGGUGGUCCAUUGGGCUUUGGAGGACCAGGUGGAUCUGGGCCCCGCCGGAAUCAUAACCACCGACCUCUGCAGCCGCCUCCGUUUUGGGAGGACAUGAUGUCGCCACAACACAGACCACCACCGAUACAACCGCCCAUGCCCAAGUGCCCCAGCUUGUGGAAUCUGGUACCCAAGGAGCAGGGAGCACAAAACAAUCGCAGCAAUCAAAACCAGAAUAACAAGAAAUUCAAGGUAAACCAUCGCGGCAACAGUGACAAAGAUACCAGGCUAAUGCCUCCGCCCCCGCCGCCAAACAAUGGCAACAAUUCGCCGUCGAACGGAGAAGCGCAGCCCUCUAAGAAGCCCAAGCGCAGCGGCACAUUUGUCCAGGUCAACGGCCAAUGGAUCCAGAAGCCAGAGGCACCACCGCCGCUCGAGGAUGCGCCGCCGGGUACGAAGGAGGAGCGCCAGCGCCAGUGGAAGGAGUACCGUAUGGCCAUGAAGCCCUUUAAAAACCGUGAGUUUCACAACUGGAAGCGAACGGUGCAGCGUUUAGGGAAACUGCCGCGCGACCAGCUGGACGAGCAGCAACUGGAACGACUGCAGAAGGCCGAGGAGUACAUAGUUGCGCACAAGGCGAUGCUGACGGUGAAGCAUGCAGAGCGCUGGGUGGAGCAGGACAACAAGAAUGAAAAGGGCCAAGUGUUCGUGCGCAAGUCAUCCAGCAUCGGGUCGUGGAACAUGUCCAAGGAGAGGCCGCCGAAUGGUUUUGCGUCGAUGCAUGAUUUCAAGAAGCAGCAAAUGGAUACGUUCUUCGGUCCCGGCCGUGCCAUAAAAGGCGGUAUAGAUCUCUCCGUCAUUGGAACCUCAGAGCCGCCUCCGCCGCCACCUGACACCCCUCCACAGAUUACCAACUACUGGCCCUCUGGAAGUUCCAACAACACGGGGUCCAACUCCAAUCCCUCGUACUUCAGCCACUACAGCAACAACUUUGUCAAGGGUGCCACUCUGCUGCCGCCCUAAAAUAGCUAUCCGAAAUUAACCCAGGGCUUGGGUUUUCUCAAACACUAUCAAAUUGCCUGGCACAUGCAUAAAGUUCUACAAUUUUGCAACCAUAUUUAGCAAGUUCUUCUUCAUCCUGGAUUGACGGCAUUGGCAUUUGUAUUAAGAUAAAUGUAACAAAAUCAACUUGA